AGUCGAGGGGAAGCCCGGCGCGGAACGGGGCCUCCAGGCGCCCGAGCGCAGCCCCGCGGGCGCUGGGACAGGCGACCGGGCAGGGCGCGCAGGGAGCGCAGAGCGCAGCGGCCUCCGCCCGGCCGAGCGAGCGCUGCAGCCGCGGCAUGCGCAUCCCCGGGGGCCCCGGCGCCCCGUCCGCCGGCAACUCCAGCCGCUGGUGGCCCGCGUCCGGCCGCGGCGCCAACGGGAGCGGGGACGCGGGGGCGCUGGCGGACGGCGGCGGGCCCCCGAGGGACGCGCGCAACGAGGAGCUGGCCAAGCUGGAGAUCGCCGUGCUGGCCGUGACCUUCGUGGUGGCCGUGCUGGGAAACAGCAGCGUGCUGGUGGCGCUGCACCGCACGCCCCGCAAGACGUCCCGCAUGCACCUGUUCAUCCGCCACCUGAGCCUGGCCGACCUGGCCGUCGCCUUCUUCCAGGUGCUGCCGCAGAUGUGCUGGGACAUCACCUACCGCUUCCGCGGGCCCGACGGCCUGUGCCGCGUGGUGAAGCACCUACAGGUGUUCGGCAUGUUCGUGUCGCCCUACAUGCUGGUGGUCAUGACCGCCGACCGCUACAUCGCCGUGUGCCACCCGCUGAAGACGCUGCAGCAGCCCACGCGCCGCUCGCGCCUCAUGAUCGCCGCCGCCUGGGUGCUGAGCUUGGUGCUCAGCACGCCGCAGUACUUGGUCUUCUCCAUGGUGGAGGUGAACAACGUCACCAAGGCCAACGACUGCUGGGCCACCUUCAUCCAGCCGUGGGGGCCCCGCGCCUACGUGACCUGGAUGACGGCUGGCAUCUUCGUGGCGCCCGUGGUGCUCCUGGCCACCUGCUACGGCUGCAUCUGCUCGCACAUCUGGCGCAGCGUCCGCGGCAGGACGGCCCUGCGCGCGGGGGCGGCGGCGGGCGCGGGCCCGAGGGGCCUCCUGCGGGCGCCCGGGGCCAGCAGCGUGAAGACCAUUUCCCGCGCCAAGAUGCGCACCGUGAAGAUGACUUUCGUGAUCGUGACCGUGUACGUCGUUUGCUGGGCGCCCUUCUUCAUCCUCCAGAUGUGGUCCGUCUGGGACGACGGGUUUGUUUGGAUAGAAUCAGAAAACCCAGCCAUCACCAUCACGGCAUUACUGGCUUCCCUGAACAGUUGCUGCAAUCCCUGGAUCUACAUGUUUUUCAGUGGCCAUCUCCUGCAAGACUGUGUGCAGAGCUUCCCAUGCUGCCAAAACAUGAAGCAAACAUUCAACAAAGUAGAUUCUGACAGUGUGAGCAGAAGACAGACUUCCUAUACUAACAACCGAAGCCCGACAAACAGUAUGGGCACAUGGAAGGACUCCCCUAAAACUUCCAAGUCCAUCAAAUUCAUUCCUGUUUCAACCUGAACCCACAUUCACACAGCCCGCCUCUUGUAAAGAAAGGACUUUGGGGUCCACUGGCUGAAUCCAGCUAGAAAUCAUGAGAAGAAAUGAACUUAUAGGUGAUAAGUGUAAAGUGAUUUGGUGAGGACAAAGACUGUAUUUCUCCUUGCAUUUUCACAUUGUCUGGACCAAAAGUUAUGAAAUGUUUUAUAUGUGAUGUUAAUAAAACAAACAAACCUGCCACACUAAAGUUUGCAGGCUGAAUUCCCAGAAAUAUAAUAGAAGUUAUAUUUCUAAAGGAAAAAUCAUCACCACCCUGGCUUUACAUUCUGUUGUUGGUUUCCUUUCGUUUCUUUUAUUAUGGACAUAACUAAGGCCUGAUUGGUUUAGAAGUCAUACGGUGUAGGGGCCUUUUUUUCUGAACAAAGUGAGCUCAUCGGCAGUCUUAGUGUUUGAAAGGAAUUAGAAGACAUUUCAGAGAAAUUGUUUUCAUCCAGUAAGAGUCAGUUUCUGCAUCUGAAAAUGCAGCCUCACACAGUGUCCUGGAGAUGGGAAGGUGCCUUGCACAGGCAUGAGUACUUGGGGCAUACGGAGCAGGGAUGCCUGGUUCACAGCAGCAAGAGGAAAGUUCUGUUCAAUGCUGUAAAUCACCUCAAUUUCUAAAUGGUAACUUUAGAACUGGUGGUUCCCUCAUGUUUUACCAGUUGUAGAAAGCACAAUUAUUAUGAUGCUGAAGGUUAGAGAAAAUACGGUCAAAUGGCCAACAAAACCACUGUUCUCCCACCGCAAGGCCAUUUGAAAGUCAGAUUUGUACAGGGAAAGUCAGAUUUGUACAAGGAAUAUUCGAUUUUAUUAGAAGAGGAGAAAUGGAUUAUCCAAGGUACUAUGUAGACUUUCUCUAGAACACUGUAAACAUGUUUUGACUAGUGUUAUAAACUAUCCUGUGUCACGCUGGUUCAUGUGUGGGGUGUCCAGAUUUAUAAAUAAAAGAGUUUCUAAAGAGUGACUCCAGAUUGAGGCACUUGGGUGCCUCAGUUGGUUAAAGGUCUGACUCUUGGUUUCAGCUCGGGUCAUGACCUCGGGGUCCUGAGAUUGAGCCCUGCGUGGGGCUCCUUGCUCAGCAUAGAGUCUGCUUGUCCCUCUCCCUCUGCUCUGCUCUCUUGAAUAAACAAAUAAUCUUUUUUAAAAAAGUGACAGGAUAUAGAAUGCCCUCUCAUUCUUAAUUAAAAAUAAUUUAGUCCUUCUUUCUGUCUCCUAUCCAUUUAACAGUUACAUAGCAGCCAGAGGCAUGGUUGGGUAGGAGGAGGGUAGGAUAUUGGGGGGGGAAAAACUAUUGGGCACUAAUAUGGUUUUUUGCUACUAAUGCAUGACUUUGGCAAAUUACUUAAAGACAAAAAUAAAAUAAAAUUUAAAAAAAUUUACUUAAAGACACAUAAAGCCUUCAUUUCUUUGGCUGUACAAUGAGGUUGAUAACUCCUCACAGGAUUGUUGUGAGAACCAGAUGAAGUCAAGGGUGUGAAAAAAUCUUCAUGAACUGUCGAGUGCUCUACGAAUGUACCAGUUACUUUUAUUAUAGUCUUAAUAAAAGU